AUUUUGGCGGGCGGCGUGACGUCAUAAGGCCGCGCCGCGCUCUGCAUGAGCUGCGACUCUGCUGAAGAAAGAAAAACUCCUGCUGAAGCGACUAAAGAUGGCGUUCAUUAAAGUGGAGAGUGAAGACAUGAGGAUUGAAGAAGCUUUCACAGUUGUUCAUGAAGAUACUGAGGAACAACAAACAGAGAUGGUGUUUAUUAAAGUGGAGAGUGAAGACGUGAGGAUUGAGGAAACAUUCAGUCUCAAACAGGAAGAUACUGAGGAACAAACAGACCUGAUGGCGCUGAAAGAGGAGAGUCAAGAACGGAAUGAAACGGAAGAGCGAAAUCAGACUGAAAAAUGUCAAGAUGUCAUGGCUGGGAAAAAAUCUUGUAGUUUCCCACAGACUCGUAAAAGAGAAGCUAGAAAGCUUAAAGUCCAGAUGAGAGUUCACAUUGAAGAGAGACCUUUCACCUGCCAACUGUGUGGAAGCAGCUACAGUCAAAAACAAACCCUUAACAAACACUUGAAGCUCCACACUAUUACCCGGAAACGUUCUACAUGCAAACCGUGUGGGAGGAGUUACGUAUCAAAAAAAAGUAUUAAGUCUCACAUGAAAGUUCACAAUGCUGAAAAUCUGUUCCCGUGCUUUCAGUGUGGAAAGAACUUCAGUCAGAAAGAAGGUCUUCAUGGCCACAUGAGGAUUCACACUGUAGACGGCCCUUUCACCUGCAAACAGUGUGGAAAAAAAAUCAGUCGGAGGCAAACCUUUGAUGGCCACAUGAGAAUUCACACUGGAGAGAAGCCUUUCAUAUGCCCUCACUGCGGCAAGAGUUUCAGACUGAAAAAUAAACUUAAAAUCCACUUGAGACUUCACACUGGAGAGAAUCUUCAUUCCUGCACACUGUGUGGAAAGACUUUCACUGCAAACAGCCAUCUGAUGGCACACAUGAGAGUCCACACUGGAGAAAAGUCUCACACCUGCAAACUGUGUGGGAAGGGUUUCAUUGCAAACAGCCAUCUGACGAUACACAUGAGAGUCCACACUGGAGAGAGGCCUCAUACCUGUGAACGGUGUGACAAGACGUUCAAACAUAAAAAAAGCCUUCACUAUCACAUGAGGAUUCACUCGGGAGAGACAUGUUUUACAUGUCAUGUGUGUGAAACGAGUUUCGCCGACAUGAUUCGCCUCAAGAAUCAUGUACAAAAUCACAUUGGGGAGAAGCCUCACAUGUGCCAUCACUGUGGAAAAAGUUUCACAAGCAAAGGAAACGUCAAGAUUCACAUGAGAGUUCACACCGGAGAGAAGCCUUUCACCUGCUCUCAGUGUGGGAAGAGCUUCACGGUUAAAGGAAACCUUACGCUGCACAUGAGAGUUCACACCGGAGAGAAACCCUACAAGUGUGAUCAGUGUGGAAAGAGCUUCAAAACGAAAGGGCACCUUGAUAUUCACAUGCGAAUCCACACUGGAGAGAAGCCGUACAAGUGUGAUCAGUGUGACAUGAGUUUCACAUAUUACAUAAGCCUGAAACAGCAUUUGCAAACUCAUUCUGGAUAGGGGAUGUGCCGAACGAGGCUUUUACAGCAAACUGCGUUGAUGCGUCGAAGCUUUUGAUCUGCUGGUCAAUAAACAUUCUUACACAAAAUGUGUCAUCCAGAUGUCUUUUUAAUUGAGGUGUCAUUGUAAGGUUUAUUUGUGAAUUUUAAAAGCAUGUAUGUCAAUAGAAAGGCGGCGCAUGUGAGUUUCCAAAAUGUGUUGUACUUCGCACAAAACAAUGACAAAGACUUUAUCAAACUUUUGUCUUUUCACCUCCUAUAUGGAAUGUUUAAUAUGCCAAUAAAUUAGACCAACGUAAACAUUUUGUCUUCUUUAUUAUAGAACACAAACAUGCACAUUGUUAAAACUGCACAAAUAUUAGAAAUUUUGGACAAAAGUUGUGGAUAAAUUAGAAGAGAUUUUAAAUAUUAUCUCUCUGUCUCCUUUAUUAUUACUGCUAGUGGACCUUUCCCAAAAGAAAUCAAAACAUUUAUUUCUAUUUCAUCACUAUUAGCAAAAAAUAAAAAAAUAAUCAAAAACAAUAAUAAUAUUAAAGAGAGAAAGGACAGAACUCAAAUUUCUAUUACUCAUUGGCAGUGAUCUGUUAGCAGACACUCUUACACUUGAGAGGUUAACGUCCUCACUCAGGAGUAGAAUGUCCACUUUUAUUAAAAAUAUGGAGACCAAUUCUGGACAGUUCCUGGACAGUUGAAUCUGAUAUGAGAACUGCAUAUAACCAAAUGUAUGGAAAAGUAGGUGUUUUGACAUGCAUUUUCUCUGGCUCUGAUUGAUGUUUAUCACAAUCAUAUGUAGUCUUUUGACAUGUACAUGGUUUGUGUGUACAUGUUUGUCUGUCUUUCCUUUUUGUUCUGUAUACCAUUUAUAUAUGUAAAUGUGUAGCAGUGUAAGCUAUUCAUGUAAUAUUUGUUUGCUAUAUGUUCUGUUUUUGGUAAUAAAAAACACU